AUGUCGACAGACCAAGAAAAGGCCCUAGGGGUCAAGGACCAUUGGAAAGCGAUAAUUGCUAUGACCCUGGUGUCUCUGAGUUCCUUCCAAUAUGGACUCGAUUUCGGUAUUAUCGGUGGCCUUCAAGCCAUGGUGCCAUUCCUAAAGGUCUUUGGACAGGAAGACCCAUCAAUUCCACUUGGAUGGAACAUUCCAUCCGAUAGACAACAGCUUAUUGCGUCUUUGAUGGUCCUCGGCGCCUUUGUGUCCUCUUCCUCUGCUGGAUUUACCGCCAAGUAUGUCGGCCGAAAGCUAUCUCUGUGGAUAGCGUGCAUUGGUGUUUUUGCAUCGACCGCUCUCAUGCAAGCUACUACAAACAUAGGGGGUCUAUACGCGGGAAGACUGAUACUUGGCCUCGCUAAUGGGUUGCUGAUGACACACUCACAACUUUAUGUAAGCAAUUCGCUUAGUUCUCUCAACCUUAGAAUGCACAGGGAGAUCCAGGAAAGUGUUCCCAGCCGUUACAGAGGGUUGGGCAUAUCAUUUCUCACAUAUUGGGUCUCAUUUGGAUCCCUUAUUGGGACUAUCGUCGAUAACUUUACAGCCAAGAUCGCAACCAAGAACGCCUACAUUAUCCCUUUAGGUAUCGUCCAUAUUGUUCCUGGGAUCUUGUUUAUCGGACUUUUCUUCAUCCCCGAAUCGCCUCGCUGGUUGGCCGCGAAAGGGCGAUUUGAUGAAGCCGAACGGUCUUUACAUCGAUUACGACCUGAAGGAUGGUCUGUUGCGCAAGAAUUGACGGAUAUGAAGACGACUCUAGAGGCAGAGGCCAGACUACAGUCGGGCAUUGGAUACGUGGACCUCGUCAGGAAUCCCAUUGACCGCCGUAGGACAACUGUCGCUAUACUUGCUCUUACAAGUCAAGCAGCAUCGGGCGCAAUGUUUGUUAUAUCCUACGGAACUUACUUCUUCGAGAUGGCGAACGUAGGAAACGCUUUCGAGAACUCAUGCAUCCUCACCGGAGUCGGGGUGGCCGCCCUAGGAGCUACCGCCAUCUUGAUUACCAAAUUCGGACGUCGACGACUUAUGAUGAUUUCAGGUUUUAUUUUCUGCGGGAUUUCUCAGCUCGUCAUAGCUAUAGUGUACACAGUCCAUCCCAAUACAGAAAGCUCUGGAAAAGCUCUCGUUGGUAUGAGUGUCCUCUACAUAGUCGCCUACAACUCUAUGGUCGCACCUUAUGCAUGGUUAUCUGGAGGCGAGCUCUCCUCGCAGCGUCUACGCUCGCACACAUUUGGUCUAGCCACAGGUGUUGGGUUCUUCUUCGCUUGGCUUACUACUUUCACAGCGCCGUAUUUCAUCAAUCCCGACUCGCUAAACUGGGGACCGAAGUAUGGCUAUAUCUGGACUGGUUCUUGUGCCGCCGCCGGAAUUUGGAUCUUCUUCUUCCUACCCGAAGCAAAGGAUCGUACGUUGGAAGAGAUAGAUGAAAUGUUCGAAGCCCAGGUUCCGGCGCGAAAGUUCCGCAAAUAUCUUUGCACGGGAAAGCAUGCAGCCCUUGGCGAGAAGACUCAAACGGAAUACAUCGAGGAGAGGGCCGUUCGUGGCAAAUAGAAAUCUUG